AUGGAGGUGGCGAACGUUGACGUCGCUGCACUUGGUGCCUCUCCUCCCAAUGGAGGGGCAACCGCAGCUUCGCACCCCUACACCUGCAACACCUGCGCUGUUGCGUACCGAAACAUCGACCUUCAGAGAGGCCACAUGAAGAGCGACUGGCACCGCUACAACCUCAAGCGCCGCGUCGCCUCUCUCCCUCCCAUCGCCUCCGAGAUCUUCAACGAGAAGGUCCUCCAGGCCCGCGCUGCCCAGAGCGCCGAAGCCGAAAAGGCCAUGUUCGAGCGCACCUGCGACGCCUGCCAGAAGUCCUACUCCAGCGAGAACGCCUACCAGAACCAUCUUACGAGCCAGAAGCACAAGGUCCGCGUCGCUUCCAUCGCCCGUCGCAAGGGACCCAUCGCCGACGAUGCCAGCUCCGUCAUGAGCUCGACCUUUUCCCUCGGCGAGCCCAUGGCUAUCGAGAAGGAGUUGGAUUCCGAGGCCGAGGAGGAGUUCACUGCCGUUGUCGAGGGUCUGAAGAAGGCCAACAUCGACGAGCCCAAGGACGAGCGCCCUUCCCCGGUUAAGCGCCCCUCGAACCCCCACUUGUCCGCUCAAGGCCAGCACGCCGGCGACGACGCCUCCAUCAACCGGGAGUCCGACUCCACCACCCCCGUCCCGUCCAGCAAGCAGGAGAUCGCCUGGACUCUCAAGUCCUGCCUGUUCUGCAACUACGAGUCGCCGACUGUCGAGCUCAACGCCAACCACAUGGAGCGUUUCCACGACAUGUUCAUCCCCGAGAAGCAGUACCUCGUCGACCUCGAGGGACUUCUCCAGCACCUCCAGGAGCGCAUUCACGAGGGCCACCAGUGCUUGUACUGCUUUAAGACCAAGAAGACUGCCUUCGCCGUCCAGACGCACAUGCGCGACAAGGGCCACUGCAAGAUUCCCUACGACACCGAGGAGGUCCAGCUGGACAUUGGCGACUUCUACGAUUUCCGCAGCACAUACUCAGACGGUGGUGAGGAUACCGACGAGGAAGAGGAGGCUGAUGAGAACGGUGGAGCCAAGCUGGGCCUGAAGCGUCCCACCAAACUGGUUGGCGAGGACGGCGAGGAGCUGGAGGACGGAGCCGACGAGGGAUGGGAGACGGACAGUGACGCUUCUUCGCUCGACUCGGAAGAUCUGACCGCCUUCACUGCGGAUGGCAAGUACGAACAAUUCGAGCGCCUGGACAAGCACCCUCACCACUCCCGCGAUGAUCCUCGCGCCCAUCACCAGGUGGACGGCUGGCACUCGCAUGCGCACAAGCACACCCGCGCCGUCUUCUACGAUGACUACGAGUUGCACCUGCCUUCCGGCAAGUCUGUCGGUCACCGUGCCCACAGAACAUACUACCGCCAGAACCUCCACAACUACCCCACUGCCGAGGAGCGCGCUGAGCGCCUGGCGAUCGAGGGUGCUGGCUCUGGCGAUGAGAUGGACGUCGACGGCCGUGAGGUUGCUACCACAGGCAACCCCAAGUCUCGCAACCAGCGCGCCAUCGCUCGCAGAGACGCUGCCGGCAUGACGGGCGUCUCAGACCACGCGAAGCGCGUCGCCAAGGAGGAGGCGACCAGAGGCCGCAGCGCCGCCACCCGCUACGACAAGAGACGCGACUACAAGGUCAGCGAGAAGAACAACAACCAAAAGAACUUCUACUACCGCUACCAGGCCGGUGGUUGA